UUUGCUUCAGCUUGGUUUGCUUUUGCAUUUCUCGUCCACUUCCGCUCAUAAACAUUUACUUUCGCCUCCCCUCAAUUCCCUCUCUCUUCAGCACAAUCCACAGCACACCAUACACGUCCGAAUGCCAUUGCCCGCAAAGCUCCGCGUAUUUUUCAAAAGGCGAAACGAGCCCAAAACGGUGAUAUCAGUCCACAGUGAGCGCAUCGUGGUACUCGUUAGCAUCCUGCUUGUCCUGCUCCUGGGUUUGCCUUUGUGGUGGUCAACCACGCGCGUAUAUCGCGCCGAGCUGCCCGCCGAGGACAUUGCAAAGUUCAAGCCCAUCGACCCGCUACACAUACCCUUUGUGUUCUACAUUGACACAAAUAUGUCGAUAACGGUCGAUUCAAUAAAGAAAAUUGAAAAGAGUGCUGGGUUUCUGAUUGACAAGCAGCGGGCGCUGUAUGCGCCCAACGAGUGGUCCGUACGAUAUCAGGCGAGCGUCUGUCAGGGAGCUGCGCCCAAAAUCCCCGGCCACUACACGCUGAGCAUCCACGAGGCCCCUGAUGCAUCGGUGUCGGUAGACAUUGCCGUUGGGCGCAUGGCUACAGUGUUUGUGCCAAAGACGGCUGCGAUAGAACCUAUUCUUUCCCAGCUGAUAUCUACAAUGGUGGCCAAAGAGGAGCAAGAGGCGCGGCGCAGGAGACCUGGAUCGCGCAAAAGCUUGGGAAAAGCAGCUCAGAAGCACUCGGAUCGCGCGCUCAAGUACUCAGCAGAGUAUGCAGUUACAUUUACGCUUCUCAACGAGGAUCCUGUAGACGGCGUGUCUGUUGAUUGGGAUAUCGAGCAAGCCGUGAGUCAGUACAUUCAGCCCUUUGUAGAUGCCCUGCGGCCCCUGACUAAGUUGACUAUCACCUCGCAGGUUUUGCACCAUGCGGGCUCGCCGCCCAUCAAACCACAGCGGGCCAACAACUACACAUAUUUGAGCUCCGAUAUGCUGACGCACUUUGUCAACUCGCCAUCGUGGAACCUCGCGUCGACCGACCCCAUUUCGCCGAUGCUCAACUUUAUGCUGUACGUACCUAGCCUGGAAUCUCAGCCCAUGCACAUAAUCCAGGGCGACGCGCACAAGCAGCUGAGGACCAAUGCAUUCUUGGUAUCGCAAUGGGGCGGCAUCACCAUAGCCAAUUUGCCCAAGGAUACAAUCCCCGGAUCCCACAUUGUGUUUUCACAAGCGCAAAUGCAGGAAUACAUGGGCGCGUUUAUUGCCCAGCUUCGUGAGCAUAUUGGAAUCCGCAGGGACGUUCCUCUGGCCCGCAAGGGUACUCCGUUGAUUAAGAACAUUCGCGUUCGCCAGGCCACCGCCACGGGCAUUAGCGACUGGGAGCUAGAUGCGCUGCUGCGCCAGUGGCUGGUAGACAACCGAGAGACCGCCAUCACCACAUUACAGUCGCUCACGCGCCUUGUUGACUCCAUGCAGAAUAUGGUCGUCAUGGAUGAAAUCAAGACAAAGGUCGAUCAGUCGCUGUUUAAACUUGGCGCCAUUGAAGGUGCACUUAACGCAUUUGAUCCCUCAAACGCACCCAUUACUGAUCAUUUGAAGGCCUGUCAGAAUGCCGCGAUGGCAUCGACGCUCGCUGAGAGCGCCUUUUUUGACCCGUCCAUGGUAUCCAUGCUGUAUUUCCCUGACCAGCACAAGUAUGCCAUAUACUUGCCGUUUUUUCUUCCAGUGGCUCUUCCUCUGCUAACAGCUAUCAAGCGUGUAAUCAAGGCCCGCAAGGAGGCUGCCAGAAACAGCAGGGAUGUCAAGAAGACCAAGGACGAGUGAAGCGUCAUUUUGCAAUACACAUCGAUUUCUCCUUUUUUAAUAUUUGGCCAAACGCGUUUAUAACCUGUACAGAGGCUCCUUUUGUGUGCAGCAC